GUAUAAACUAUUCUCAUUCUAUGACUAUAAAUACACAAAAGAAGCAGCCUCAAAUAUCUGCACAACAACUAGGAAUAGAGGUUCUACAAAGGGAAAUUUAUAAGAUAAAAAAUGGCACAAGUGAGAAACAAACAGAUUCUAGCUUCAGGUUACAUAACAGGCAAUCCAAAACAAACAGAUAUGUAUCUGAAAAACUCUACCAUCACCUUACAGCUUCCAUUACAUGCUUCUUCAGAAACUGUGUUGGUUAAGAAUCUUGUUUUAUCUUGUGAUCCUUACAUGAGAGGAACCAAAAGAACAGACAGAAACAGCCUUUUUAAUUCCUUCUCUCCUGAUUCACCAAUUGUUGGAUAUGGAGUAUGCAAAGUGUUGGAUUCUAAACAUCCGGAUUUCCAAAAAGGAGACUUGGUUUGGGGAAUCACCAAAUGGGAAGAGUAUAGCAUCAUUACAAAAACUGAUAGUUUUAUCAAAAUUGAGCAUACUGAUGUACCUCUUUCCUAUUAUAAUGGGUUACUUGGCAUGCCUGGUAUGACUGCUUAUGCAGGUUUCUAUGAAGUUGGUUUCCCUAAGAAAGGAGAUUAUGUUUUUAUCUCUUCAGCAUUUGGUGCUGUUGGUCAACUUGUUGGUCAAUUAGCAAAAUUGUUGGGAUGUUAUGUUGUUGGAAGUGCCGGAAGUAAAUAUAAGGUUGACAUUUUGAAGAGCAAGUUUGGGUUUGAUGAGGCUUUUAAUUACAAGGAGGAACAAGACCUAGAUGCAACAUUGAAGAAGUACUUUCCUAAUGGGAUUGACAUAUAUUUUGACAAUGUUGGUGGAGACAUGCUUGAAGCAGCACUUGUUAACAUGAGACGGCUCGGUCGAAUUGUGGUAGCCGGAAUGAUUUCACAGUAUGAACUUGAUGAACCUCAGGGCAUUAAAAACUUGGUCAACAUUGUAUAUAAGCAGAUCAAAGUAGAUGCGUUCACAGUAUAUGAUUACUAUCAUUUAUAUCCAAAGUUUUUAGACACAAUUUUGCCUUAUAUUAGGGAAGGGAAGAUAACAUAUGUUGAAGAUAUAGCUAAUGGCAUUGAGAGUGGACCAGCUGCAUUGGAAGCAAUGUUCACUGGCAAGAGUAGUGGCAAACAAGUGGUUUUACUUGCUCAUGAAUAACUUGGUGUUGCCUUAAUUCCAUUUCAUUUUAGCAUUUUGGAUUUGUAAUGUAACUACAACUUCAAAAGUUUGUGUUGCGAGUAAUAAUUGGAUAUAUUGUUGUAUCAAAUUAUUUCGAAUUUGAAACUUCAAAGUUGUAUGUUUGAAUUUUUGGUAAGGGAUGAAAUAAAAUUGACCGAUACAAACAA